UUCUUUAUUCUUUAUACUUGUGUGUUAGGUUGCAUUAUCUGCCAUGACGACAAAGUCACACGACGAAGUCAGAAAGAGUUGGGUUGCAUAUCACUAUCAUGAAUCAAUAAAUUAAGAAAUUCAAGAAUUCAUUUCUUCAACGCCCACCACACUGGUAAUUUGGUUCUCAUAAUUUUCAAUCCUAACUAACGAGAACAGAACACUAAGCCUCUCACACAUUUGAAAUGAAUACAGAGAACAUUUCAUUAGCACCCUUGAUCACUUCAUUGUCCACCUCUCCGCCUGCUGCAGGAUGGGACUAUGAAGUGUUCUUGAGUUUUAGAGGCAAAGACACUCGUACCACCUUCAGUGACUACCUCUACAAUGACCUUGUGGACGUAGGAAUUCACACGUUUAGAGAUGACAAUGAACUUCGCAUUGGAGAGAAGAUCUUCUCAAGGCAAUAGAGCAGUCAAAGAUAUCCAUCCCCGUCUUUUCCAAAGGCUAUGCUUCAAGUAAGUGGUGCCUGCUUGAGCUCACCAAGAUGGUUGAGUGUAAGAGGACUUUGGGGCAAAUCAUAUUACCCAUUUUUUACGACGUUGAACCAUCCAAUGUGCGCCACCAGACAGGGAGUUACAAAAAGGCCUUCCGGCAACACAAGAAGCAUUUUGAUAGUGCUACUGUGGAGGGGUGGAAGGAGGCACUGAAGGAGGUUGGAAAAUUGAAGGGAUGGGAAGUGAACAAAGUUGCUGAUGGGCAUCAAGGAAAACUGGUAAAGAUUGUUGUUUCAAAGGUAUGGGGAGAGCUGAAAAAGAACUCAUUGGUUGUAAAUGAGAACCUAGUUGGAAUUGAUUAUAAUGUAGAAGAAAUGAUGAAAUUGUUGAGGGUUAAUUCCAAUGAUGUAAGGAUUGUGGGAAUCCAUGGUAUGGGAGGAAUUGGCAAGACCACUAUUGCCAAGGUCAUCUACAACCAACUCUCCCAACAUUUUGAAUUCUGUUGCUUUCUUGCAGAUGUUAGAGAAACGGCACACCAACAAAAUGGCCUUGUUAGUUUGCAAAUUCAACUUAUAUCUACCAUCUUAAAACGGAGAUGCUCUGACAUUAGUACUGUGGAUGAAGGUAUUAAUGUAAUCAAAGAUAGAUUUUAUGGGAAGAAAGUUCUUAUUGUCGUUGAUGACGUCGAUCAAAGAAUUCAUCUUGAUGCACUUGUGGGAAAGUGUGAUUGGUUUGGUUCAGGAAGUAGGAUAAUUGUCACAACUAGAGACAAACAUAUUCUAAAUCUGACUGAGGUUAAUUGGACUUAUGAACCAGAGGAAUUGGAUUCUAAUCAAUCUCUACGACUUUUCAGCAGGUAUGCUUUUAGAAAGGACCAUCCCCCAGAAGACUAUGAUAUACUCUCUAGAGAUGUUGUGUCCACUACUGGAGGUUUGCCUUUGGCUCUUGAGAUUAUUGGUUCUCUUUUUUUUGGCAUUAAUAAAGAGGAAUGGGAAGAUACAUUAGAGAAGUUGAAAAGAAUACCGAAUGGCCAAGUGCAGAAGAAGCUGAGAAUAAGUUACGAAGUAUUAGAAUAUGAACAAAAACAGAUAUUUCUUGAUAUUGCAUGUCUUUUCACUGGAGUGGAUAGAAGAAUUGCUUUCCACAUGUGGGAUGACUGCCGUUUUUAUCCCAAAAGAGAGAUUGGAGUUCUUCUUCGCCUGUCAUUGGUGAAAAUUGGAGAUAACAAUGAGCUAAUGAUGCAUGAUCAGCUUAGAGACCUUGGUAGGGAUAUUGUACGUCAAGAAAAUUUUAAGGAGCCGGGGGAGCGUAGUAGGGUGUGGUUUCAUGAGGAAGCCUACGACAUAUUGAAGAGUCAUUCAGGAACAAGAAAGAUUGAAGCUAUCUGUGCGGACUUUGAAUUAGAGUCACAGGCAUGCUCUCUUACAAAUGAUGAAUUUGCAAACCUAUCUAAUCUAAGGUUCCUUCAAAUGGACUAUGCAAACCUAGUUGGAGAUUUUAAGGGUCUUCUUUCCAAGUUAAGAUGGCUUUGCUGGUAUGGAUGCCCUGAAAUUUUUAGACCAACGAAUUUUCAUCUUAAGAAUCUGGUCAUCCUUGAUUUAUCAUGGAGCGAUGUCACAGAAGCCUGGGAGGGUUGGAAUCAUAUCAAGAUUGCAAGAAAGUUGAAAGUUCUAAAUCUCACAGGUUGCAUUUACAUGGUUAGAACUCCUGACUUCUCUGCAUAUGCAACUUUAGAAAGAUUGAUUCUUGAAAGCUGUGAGAGUUUGGUUCAUAUUGACCCAUCAGUUGGGUAUCUCAAGAGUCUUGUUUUCUUAAAUGUGAAGAAAUGUUAUAAACUCAACAGGCUGCCUCUGGAAUUUGAUUCCGGGGAAGCCUUAACAGAGCUCCUCAUCGAUGAUACUAGUAUACAAGAAGUCCCUAUUGGUAGAGGUGUUAUGAAGAAGCUUGAAACUCUUAGUGCCACUCAUUGUGGGUCAUUGACUCAAAUUCCUACCUCAAUUGGUGACCUAAAAUCUAUGUCAGACCUUACAUUUGAUUAUUCCCAUAUCACUGAACUACCAGACUCAAUUGGUUCACUAGUGAAAUUGCGACGCUUGUCACUAAGGUACUGCAAAUUAAAAAAAAUUCCAGACUCCAUUGGGAAAUUAGAAUCAUUAAUUGAGUUGCGCUUGUCAGGAGCAAUAUUUACAGAAUUACCUGAUACCAUUGGCAACCUAAAACAUUUGAGAAUUCUUGAUAUUGUUUUUUCUUCGAUAGUGAAGUUACCUAGUGCCAUUGGAAUGUUACUGAAACUUGAAGAGUUAGAUGCCUUGGGUUGUCUCAAUUUAGAAGGCGAAAUUCCCAGUAGUAUUGAGAGACUAUCCUCUCUGAGAAUCUUAAUACUAAAUGAGACAAAUAUCCAUAGCCUACCAACAAGGAUUUGUGAGCUUUCUCACCUCCACACCCUUGAUUUACAGGGUUGCAAAAAGCUUCAGUUUCUUCCAGAGCUUCCCUCUAGUCUAGUGAGUCUAAAAUUCACUUGCAUGUCAAAGGAAUUUCCAAACCUUCCUAGCCUGGUAAACUUAAAGGAGUUGGCAUUUUUUUUAUGCUCUAAGCUGUUAAAAAUUCCUGAAGAUAUUGGGAAGUUGGUCAAACUGGAGACCUUGACCUUGGAAAAAAUUCACAUUACCAGCCUGCCAAUGGAGCUUGGUGCACUUUCUCAGCUUACAGAACUCACUAUUCGAAAUUGUAUAGAACUUCAAUGCCUUUCAACUCUUCCCUCAAGUCUAAUCAUACUCCGUCUUGAACAUUGUCUAUCAAUAAAGAGGUUUCCAUAUCUGCCAAAUUUGAAAAACUUAUCCGAACUGAAACUUAAAGGGUGUUCAGGGUUAAUGGAGAUUCAAGGCCUUGGAAGAUUAGAACUCCUAAUAGAUUUGGAUGUAAGUGAAUGUGAAUCGUUAGAAACAUUACCAGAUCUUUCAAACUUAAAGAAGUUAAGGAAAUUAUAUGCUGAGCAAUCCUACAAGCUGAAGGAAAUUAGGGGCCUCGACAGAUUGGAAUCCUUGAAGAUACUGAACUUGUCAUAUUGCACAGCCUUGGAGAGGAUACCUGAUCUGUCGAGACUAACAAAUUUAGAGGUAUUGGCACUUUUCAAGUGUGAGAAACUUAAUAAGAUCUUGGGACUUGAAGAAUUGAAAUUGUUAAGAUUCUUGGACUUGUCAAUGUGCAGGGCCUUGGAGAGGUUACCUGAUCUGUCGAGACUUACAAAUUUAAGGGAAUUACAACUUUGUUAUGGUGAGAAGUUAAGUGGGAUUGGUGGAUUUGAGGAACUGAAACUAUUAACAUUGCUGAACUUGUCAUGGUGCACAGCCUUGGAGAUGAUACCUGAUCUGUCGAGACUAACAAAUUUAGUGGAGUUGCGACUUUGUAACUGUGAGAAACUUAGUGAGAUUUGGGGACUUGAAAAACUGGAACUCUUAAAAAAUUUGGACUUGUCAUCGUGCAUGGCAUUGAAGAGGAUACCUGAUCUGUCUAGACUAACAAAUUUAAGGGGAUUACAACUUUCUAACUGUGAGAAAUUGCAGAGGAUACCUGAUCUGUCUAGACUAACAAAUUUAAGGGUAUUGCAACUUUCUAACUGUGAGAAACUUAGUGAGAUUCGAGGACUUGAAGAACUGAAACUUUUAGAAGUCUUGGACAUUUCUGGAUGCAAGUCACUAGGAAAAUUACCAGACAUUUCGUUUGACAUUCCAUGUAUCCGGAGGGGAGAAGUUGCUGAGACUUAUACGUGUGGACAACCCUUAACUAUGUAGACGCCUUUUGAGGAAAACUGUGAGCACCGUGAGGAGAGUGUGCAAAGUGAACAAAAUCUACAUGGUGCGGAGCGGGUUGUGACAAAUGGUAUGCAGAGUGGAGAAUAUCCACAUGGUGCGGGGCCAAUUGUGAAAAAUGGUAUUAGAGAGCACCAAGACCGGAAAUGGGUGAUUGUGAUGUCCCACAUCGCCUAGUGUGGACACCUCCCAACUAUGUAGACGCGUUUUGAAAACUGUGAGCAUGGAGAGUGUGCAAAGCAAACAGUAUCUACACAGAUUGGGCGGGUCGUGACAUUUCAAACAUCAGAGAAGGUCGGCGUUGAGAACAAAAUUGCAGGAUGUCAGAUUUUAGUGUAUAUCAGGCAAUCUGAUGUCAUGGUAAUUGAUGAAUUAUCAUUGCAGGAUUAUGUCGAACACUGAUAUUUAGGCAGUUGGAAUUAAGGUAUGCAUGAUAUAUUUGAUGGAAACUCCUGCUGGGAAAAUCAAUGGAGAUAGGGAGAUUGAAAUAGAGGAUGGUUCGAAAUUUACAGCAAGUGGUUCUCCCUUUACAAGCCUGAAGAAGGUGGACAUGGAA